UCAGUCAGUCGGGGGCUCGCUGCUCCGCCUCCGCCCGCCUCCCUCGCCGCCGGGUCGCCCCCACCAGCUGAGCUCAUUCAUAACCCCCACCCCUCUCUCUCUCUCUCUCUCUCUCUCCGCCAACUCCUCCCCUCCCACGCCACUACCGCCAGCCUCACGCAUUGCCCGCCGCGCCGCGCAGCAGAUCGGGAGGGCUCUCCGGCUCCAAUGGUGAGCGCGUCCAGCCUGCUCCUCCCCUCCUCCGUGCGGGACCUCGCCUCCUGCGUCUCCGACGGCGCCGUCCGCGUCGCCUGCACCACCCCGGCCUCCACCCUCGUCGCGGCCCCCUCCUCGCCGCCCACCCUCUCCGUCGCCGUCUCCUACCACGCCACCCCGCUCUCCCCGUCUUCGCCGCCGCUCCUCCUCCGCCUCACCUGGUCCCACUCCCCGCUCGGGCCCCCGACACUCUCCUUCGCCGGCCCCACCGCCUCCUCCCCCGCCGUCCUCCUCCGCCGCCGCAAAGGCACCCGCUCCCUGCCCUCCGACGACCACCAGCGCCACCCCCCGCUCGCGCUCUUCUGGGACCUCGCCGCCGCCAAGUAUGGCGCUUCGUCCCCCGAGCCGCUCUCCGGGUUCUACUUCGUCGCCGUCGCCAACGCCGAGGUCGUCCUCGCCGUCGGCGACCUGGCGCCCGAGUUCGUCAAGACCAAGUUCGAGGGCCAGAUCCCCAAGGCGCGCUUCCUCCCCGUCGCGCGCGCCGACCGCGUCGUGGCGGCGCCCAACGCGAUGCACACCGCGCGGGUCCGCUUCGCGGACGGCGCGCCGGAGCACGAGGUCAGCGUCGGCUGCGCCACCACCUCCGGAGGCGGCGACGAGCUCUGGGUCAGCGUCGACGGCAAGCGCGCCGUGCACGCGCGCCGCCUGCGCUGGAACUUCCGGGGCAACCAGACGGUCUUCGUCGACGGCGCGCCCGUCGACGUCCUCUGGGACCUGCACGGCUGGUGGUUCCGGGACCCGCCCGGGUGCGCCGUCGUCAUGCUGCGCGCCAGGAGCGCGCUCGAGAGCAGGCUCUGGCUCGAGGAGGAGGCCGCCGCGCCGGGCUUCGCGCUCGUCGUGCAGGCGUUGAAGGCCCCGCCUUGAUGCUCACUGCUGCUUCAGCAGCUCUCCAACCCCAAGAGGUCAAUGCUGAUGCUCACUGCUUUGCUUCCCAUGGUUGCUGCUUGUCCAUCGACUUGGAAAUUUGGUGGAAUUUAUACCAAAUCCAACCAAACCAAGAUGCUCAACGGUUGUGCUUACAGUUUACUAGGCUUACUUAUAGAUUCUUCUAGUGUGCCAAGUGAAUGGGUUUCGGAAGACACCAUGAAAAUGCAGUAUACAGAGAGGAGAAGAGAGAGACUGCUGUGUGUGUGUGGGAUCAUCUUCUUCAUUCCCUUGCUUUUCCUCUUUUCCAGUUAAUUUUAGCUGUGUGCUCGUACAGUUAACAAAGGAUUAUACAACAAACAUAUUAGAGAGUGUUUGAUUCUGCAUCUGUGCUGUGUGCAAUGUCAGGUGGUGUACAAAAGCUUGCAAAUUUCUGCUUGUUGUACGCUUUGCAUCAAUUACCUCCGUUUGCUUCAGCCCUGCACUGUUCUGAAUUCUGAUGCAAUGCAGAAAUAACGGUGGUACAGAUGAAAUGAUUUUGGCACAAUUUCAUGGUAGUACUACGGCAGCACUGUCUGCCCAUACUAUGCACUGCAUGGAUAUCUUCAUAGAUUCCUGCACAUUGCCAUCAAAUAUAUCGCACGAUCAUUCUUUAUGACACACUUGUGCUUCAAUUUAGUUCUCAAAGUACUGAUUCCAGGGAUCCGCCACAUGUUUACAGAUAUUUGCAGCUUAUUAUCGUAUAAUUGCAUCUGUCUUUCGCGCUGCAUAUGCCGAUCAUUGCUGCUCUUUGCUCCUUGUAAUUUCAACAGCUAUACAGUGAUGCCCAUGUCCCUUUCGUAAUUUAUCGCCACACAUGACUGCUCUGUUUACAAAGUCUGACGGGGGGUGUGAAUGUAACGAUGCACUUGGUGUUGCCGUGUUGGUCCCAGGCUGUGCCGGCAUACAACACAAGCGGAGGAGUACGGGCUAGUGUUUCUCCUCCCCAGUUUCUACUCCCGUGAGAGCUUCACUUGACUGCUGCUUCGUUCUCAAGAGCCUUGGUUUUGUUUUUCUCUCUGGAGUCUAUCUGGUACUCCACGCCAAAUUGGCAAUAGGAUGGAUAGCAGCCGAAAGAGACUGAUGACGGUGUCACCCAUCAUGUGAGCAUCAUCAUAUCUGCUACUCUAUUUGCCGAGCAACCAUGUUGCCACACGAGGACAAAAUUCUCUCUUC